AUGUAUAAAUGCUCAUAUAAAAAUAUAAAACUAAUUUUCUCUUCCUUACUAAACAGAACAGUCAUACUUGGUCUGGUGGGGAAUGGAAUUGUCAUCUGGUUUCUCAGCUUCAUCCUUAAGAAGAAUCCCAUCACCACCUACAUCUUGAACCUGGCCGUAGCCGAUUCAUGUGUCCUUGUUUCUGUAACAGUUUCUGUAACAGACAAGACUGAGACACUUGUUGUGGUGUUUUAUUCCACACACGUCACUAGCCUAUAUCUACUGACAGCCAUCAGCUCUGAGCGGUGUCUCUCUGUUGUCUUCCCAAUCUGGUACCGAUGCCACCGUCUGGAACACAUUUCUCCAAUUGUUUGUGCAUUAAUAUGGACAGUGUCCAGCCUGCUCAUUGGAAUCCAGGUUUUUCUCUUUUCAACUGAAUACUCUGACAAAAUUUCUCAAGUCAUUAGUAUUAUCAACCUCCUAAUUUGUCUGCCUGUUGUACUAAUCUGUACUGUGAUCCUGUUCAUCAAGGUCUGCUGUAGCUUACAUCGACAUCAACAAGGAAAGUUCUUCACCGCCCUCCUGCUUACGCUUCUUUCCUUCCUCAUUUUCGGUGUACCGCUCAGUGCCACGAUAACCCUUCACUAUUUUAAUUUUAUUCCUUUUGAUGACAAUGAAGUGACAAUUUGUAUAAUAUGUGCUCUUAUGAACAGCAGUGUUAAUCCAUUCAUUUAUUUCCUAACCGGGAGGAAAAACACACAUCAGUGCAGAGAAGCCUUGAAGAUGCUGCUUGAAAGAGUCUUUAGUGACAAAGUUGAUUGCAGAGAAGAUCAGAGUCUUCCAGCCAUCACCAGUUCAAUGAUGAUGACUUCUUAA